AUGCGCGCCCUUCGUAGACCAAACCAACUCGCCCGCCUUCUCAAUGCCAGCACAGCUUCCGGCGCCCGCAGGAGCUCCACAGCUGUGCCGGUAGCGAAGCCACUAACUUCAGUGCUAAUUGCGAACCGUGGAGAGAUAGCCCUGCGAGUUGGACGGACCGCAUCCGAGUACGGCAUUCGAACGACGACCCUCUACACCGACCCUGACGCGCGAUCACAGCAUGCUUUAAGCUCUCCAUUUGCGAUAAAUCUGGGAGAUCCAGCUGCGUACCUAGAUGGAGACCGGAUAAUAGAAGUCGCGAAGCGGGAAGGUUGUGAGGGGAUACAUCCGGGCUAUGGAUUCCACAUAGCUGAGCGAGAACCCAACAUUCGCGCGGAAAUGCACAGAGGCGGGCCUUACCUUUAUUGGUCCGCCAUGGGAAGCUAUAGAAGCUAUGGGAAGCAAAAGUCAAAAGACAUCAUGAUCGCUGCUGGAGUCCCCUGCAUACCCGGAUACCAUGGUAGCGAACAAGACCCGCAGUAUCUAAAAGGUGAAGCUGCGAAGAUUGGCUUCCCAGUCCUCCUCAAAGCCGUGAAGGGCGGUGGAGGUAAGGGUAUGCGCAUCGCGAGCACCCCAGAAGUGUUUCUCGAUCAGCUAGAGUCUGCAAAAUCGGAAGCACGGAAUUCCUUUGGUGACGACGUGAUGCUGGUUGAGAAGUACAUUACCACACCACGGCACAUCGAAGUUCAGGUCUUCGCCGACAAGCACGGGAAUUGCGUUGCUCUUGGAGAGCGGGAUUGCAGCAUUCAGAGACGGCACCAAAAGGUCCUAGAAGAGUCGCCCGCGCCACAUCUCAACGAGGAUGUCCGACAAGAUCUGUGGGAGAAGGCUCGCGCUGCAGCACUAGCAGUCAACUACGAAGGUGCUGGUACCGUCGAAUUCAUCUUCGAUAAUGACUCUGGCGAGUUUUUCUUCAUGGAGAUGAACACUAGACUACAAGUUGAGCACCCCGUCACCGAGAUGGUGACAGGCGAAGAUUUAGUCCACUGGCAACUGAUCGUGGCCGAAGGCGGCAAGCUCCCUCUAACCCAAGCCGAAAUUGAGCAGCGGAUAUCAGAACGGGGAGCAGCCAUCGAAGCCAGAAUAUACGCCGAAAACCCAGACAUGAACUUCAUUCCCGACUCAGGCCUUCUCCUCCAUCUCAAGACGCCCAAGGUCACACCCACAGUUCGUGUUGACGCAGGAUUCGUUGCCGGUGAUGAAGUCUCGUCACAUUACGAUCCCAUGAUUGCAAAACUCAUCGUUCAGGGACCGACGCGAGAAGCCGCACUCCAGAAACUGCAUUCGGCGCUUGAAGAGUACGAAAUCGCCGGGCCCAUCACCAACAUCGAGUUCUUGAAGAAAGUCUGCGUAAGCCCCGACUUUAUUGCCGGUAACGUUGAGACUGGUUACAUCGAGAAACACCGCGAAGAACUCUUCGAACGGGAGACAAUAAAACUAGAAGUCCUCGGUCAGGCCGCAAUUGGUCUUUUGCUGCAAGAGACUGAGAAAGUGGAGCACGACGCUUUUGCCCGUGCUUCUGGCUCCGUCGUCGGCUUUGGCACUGGAUACCAGCAACGCGAAUUCCAUCUCGUUGAGAUACCAGCAGAUGGCAAGGGCGAGAGCACGGCCACAACCGUCCGGGUGCGGCAGACUUCACCGGGGAAGUUCAACGUCGAAGUGAAUGACACAGAGUACCUCAAUGUGGACAGUGUACUGGAUUCGGCCUCAAAAACAAUCACGAGUUUCUAUCCACACACGCGCCUCGCUACUACCUUCAUCCGAGACGAAGAGCGCGUGAUCUUAUUCCAGCAAGGCAAGCAGUACAGACUCCAGCUCGUUGUACCAAAAUGGGCAGAGAAGGCGCUGGGAAUCAAGGAUGUGACGAAUAGCGUGCUGGCGCCCAUGCCUUGUAAGGUGCUGAGAGUAGAGGUUCAAGAGGGCGACACGGUCGUGAAAGACCAGCCGCUUGUGGUCAUUGAGAGUAUGAAGAUGGAGACGGUGAUUCGGAGUCCACACGAUGGUGUUAUUGCGAAGGUCGUGCAUGGCAAAGGAGAUCUUUGCAAAGCGGGCACAGCGCUAGUGGAGUUUGAAGAGCAAUCAUAG